ACGAACUGCCCACAACAGGACCCAGCAGGAAAGACCUGGCGUCGCCGGGACCGACGCAAGGUAGACCGUCUGCCGGAGGUCGAAGCCAGUCCAUCCGGGUAGGCUCCCUGACGUCCUCUGCUUCCGUGUCUUACGCUCCACCAGCGAGUCAGUUUGCUCCACCUCCCCGCGUUCCCAGCACCCGAACGUCUUCACCCGGUGGAUACAAAUACACCAAUCCGUAUGAGGGAACCCGCUUGGCCAUCCACCCGGGACCUCCGCGUGGCGGCCAGAGGAGACGCCCCGGCCGGGCGCUCCCUUGUGCCUCCCGCUGCGCGGCAACUAAGACACCAUCCUCCCACUCCUCGCCGGCAACGGCGAAACCCGCAGACCCGCAGCUGGUAGCGAAGCUUCCAGCCCAGAGGGAGGAGGAGCCGCCAAAUCGCGAUGCAUUCUACCGUGAAAUGCGGGCGGAGAUAGAGCGGCAGAGCGCCGAAUUGGCGGCUCUCACAGCCCAGGUCCGGCAAGGAUCGGCGAACCAGCUGAGCUACCCUGACGUCACAACUGCGACGGACUCGCUGCUGAUGCAGGCUCAUGUGGCAGUUGGAACUGACCCGAGACACGCCCAUGUAUCAGUUUCGACUGACUCUCUGCCAACCCUCGUUCACGUUGCCGUGGAAACCGACCCGCCUCCUCGCCAUUCCCACGUCGAGGUUUUGGCUGUUCCGAGCAGAGUUCACGCGGCAGUUGGAACUGACCCGCUCCCGAGACACGCCCACGUGUCAGUUUCGACUGACUCUCUGCCGACUCUCGUUCACGUUGUCCUGGAAACGGAUUCGCCACCGCGCCACGCCCACGUUGCUGUCUCAACGAAUGCACCGCAAGCUCACGUGGCAGUGGGGGACCGAUUCGAUGCCGCCUCACGUUGCUGUCCAGGAGGUGGUAACGUCUCCUCAGCCGCUUCCCGUCCAUGCUCUGGAGUACCAGUGGCGACCGCACCGCGGUCACUCACCGUUCCUGCUCUGUCGGCGACGGGCACGCCCAUACGUUCCCGCCCAGGAGGUGGGGACGGUUCCCCAGCCGCCUCACGUUCCCGCCCAGGAGGUGGCGUUGGUGAUGCUGCCUCCGCCUUCUCACGUUCCUGUCCAGGAGUACCAGUGGCGACCGGUCCGCGGCCGUCCCACGCCCUUGUCUCGACGGCGACAAGAGCUGGGGAGUUCUGAUGAGCCACCCCGGAGCUGGAGAGAUUUCGGGAUGGCUGUGAUGGUAAUGGUGGCGGUCAUGGCUCUGGUUCUUCUCUCCAUCAUCCUAUGCGCUCCCGAUGGCUCGCAGCCGCUUCUGGACCUGGCCUCGUUGGUGACCAAUCCAUGGCUGCCUCCUGACCAAGCCUGGGUGGCGAUUAGUCCCUGAUCGUCUCGCAACCACGGCGUGGGAGGUUCUCGUCUGGAGCAGUUGCCUGCCUCGGCCUGGUUCCUGCUUCGUCGUUUGUUUCAUCACAGAGGUCGUCCGCCCG